AUGGACGAGUUUGCUGUUUACGCGCUGUUUUGGGAGAACGUUCCACCACAACGACUCAUCAGUGCUGAUGGCUCCUCCAGAGUGGCCGUUGCAGUACCCGCCUCCGUCCAGCAGGUGGUCCUCUUCAGCAGUGGACCAUGGGGGGAGCGGCUGUCCGUGGACGCGGAGCUGGACGACGCAGCGAGAGUUCCCAUCACCAUCGGCAAACUGACACCUUUCAACAAGUGUCUGUCGUGGGAGCGCUGGGAGGAGGAGACCUGGACAUCUGGGGUCACGCUGCGGCUGUGUGUGGAGGGAAGAGCCCAGUGGGCAGAACCAGAGCAGGUCCUGACGGUGAAGGAGUACACACCCAAGGUGUCAGACCGGGACAUGAGCACCAAGAGGAAGAGGGGACAAGGAGAGGAGAGCAGUGAUCCUGGAGAGGAGAACAUCUGCCCUAACCCUUCCAUAACCCCCGUGAGGAAGGCCAGAGGCCAGCCCAAAUCUCGACAGCAGCUCUUAACACACUCACCGCAACAGGGACCUGAAACACCUGUCACUGCUGUCCAAACGCCCCCUUCAAAUCCAGCCAAGACCAAGAGCCGACAGGCCAAGACCAAGACCCCCACUCAGAACGCCUCUCCAUCCUGUGCGCUUCCCUCUGGGCGCUGGGGGCAGACCCUCAGCCCCAUAGACCAGCACAGAGCCAUCCUGAUCGGAGGCCAGGGCGCCAAGAUGCACUUCUGUAAGGACCCCAUGUGGAAACUCUGCACUGAGGACAUGAGCUGGAUGACAGCAGAGACCCUGGCCCUGGGUCCCACCCCUGAAGCUCGGAUUGGGCACACUGCAGUGUACGACCAGGACUCAGGGCGUAUCUUCGUGUUUGGAGGCUCCAAGAACAACAAGUGGUUCAACGACGUGCACAUCCUGGACACGCGCAGCUGGAAGUGGACCAUGGUGGAGGCCCAGGGGAAGGUGCCUCCGCUGGCCUAUCACAGCUGUACCCUGUUUAGAGGAGAGCUGUGGGUUCUGGGAGGGGUGUUCCCCAGGCCCCACCCACAGCCGGACGGCUGUAGUGAAGCCCUGUACAUCUUUGACCCUGAGCUGUCCAUCUGGUACCAGCCCAUCGUCACUGGAGAGAAGCCUGCGCCACGUUCUGGACACUCUGCCUGCCUGAUGAAGCAGAGGAGCCUGUAUGUGUUCGGAGGCUGGGACACGCCACUGUGCUUCAACGACAUGUACAUGUUAGACCUGGGUCUCAUGGAGUUCUCUGCAGUCAGUACAUGUGGGAAGCCCCCGUCUCCUCGCAGCUGGCACGGCAGCGCUGCGCUCUCAGACUCAAAGUUCCUGAUCCACGGAGGCUACAACGGAAACCACGCGCUCACGGACGCCUUCAUUUUUGACGUUGACACACACACCUGGACAGAGGUGACUGUCCCAGAGCUCCGCCUCCCCAGAGCAGGCCACUCCCUCAUCACCAUGGAGACGGCGGAGCAGAGGCCGGAGGACAGGACUCUGCUGGUGUUCGGAGGAGGGGACAACGAGGGCACAUUCUACAGUGACCUGUGCACAGUGAGCGUGGACACUCUGCUGGCGGCGCUCUGA